AUGUCUAAAAGCAAGAAGAAAAAUAACAACGUGAAGGACACCGGAAAUGGGGUCUCGUUCGGUAGGGAAUAUCAUUCAUUGCAGGUGAUACCCGAUCGUCAUCACGCUACUGCAGUAAAUAUAACAAUAUCAAACAUCUCGACUUGGAAUGUAAGAACGAUGUAUCAAAGUGGAAAAAUGGACAAUAUCUUGAAAGAAAUGAGACGGUUAAGCAUCAACAUCCUGGGUGUGUGCGAAGUGAGAUGGCCUGGAGCAGGGAAAGUUAUAUCAGAAGGGGCCACAUUUAUAUACUUGGGUGGAACAGAAAAUAAGCAUGAGCAUGGAGUGGGUAUAUUUCUCGAUCAAGAAAGUGCUAAAGGUAUCGCCGGCGUCUGGUGUAUCUCUAACAGAAUCAUGCUAGUACGACUUCAGUGCAAACCGUUUGAUACAGUUGUGAUACAAUGCUAUGCCCCCACAACUGACUGCAACGAUGAUGAAAUAGAUAAAUUCUAUGAUCAAUUAAAGGAGGCAAUGAAACAAUGCAGAUCUCAUGACAUAACAAUAGUCAUGGCAGAUUUCAAUGCGAAAAUUGGACAAAAUGAAGAAGGCAAAAUUGUUGGAAAGUAUGGACUAGGUCAGAGAAACGCACGAGGCGAGAGGUUAGUGGAGUGGUGCAUAGAAAACCGAAUGAUUGUAACAAACACACAUUUCAAACACCAUUCAAGAAAUUUGUAUACAUGGAAGAGUCCAGGAGAUGGCUGCCGGAACCAGAUUGACUUUAUAAUGAUAAAUGAACGCUUUAGAAACACUGUGAAAAGAGUAAGGACGUAUCCAGGUGCUGAUUGCAACACUGACCAUAUAUUGCUCAGUGGAAAAUUCAAAAUGAGGUUAAAGAAAGUUCGUCGAAGAAAGCAGAAAAAUGUUACUAAUCAAUUUCAAUUAAAACUUUUGAAAAAUGAAAAUGAUAUCAAGAAAAAUUUUUGCCAAAAUGUUAAAGAUCAAUAUCAAAGAAAGUCACCAUCUGAAGAUACACGCAUGGAAGUUUUUAAAGAAUGCAGUGAUGAAGGCAGCAGAGCAGUGUAUACUGAAAAAGGAGAAGAACUCGGAAAAUAA